AUCUCGCGUUAUUUGGACGUAGUGGUCACGUAUGGAUAGCAUCGUGGGCUAAUCUACCGCGAGCUGCCUUUAAGUAGGUACGCCGUGUAAAAACACACGUUUAGCACGAUUCAAAAACACAGACCACCCUUCCCUUGAUAUACUAGAUAUACUCUGGACGCAUGGUCUCCUGUGAAGGGCCUGUCCGUUGUGUUUGCCGAGCCCUGCGGUAGCUAGGUGGCUAACGCCUAUUGGUUGGUGUUGGUGGUGAAGCGAGGAUCAGUAUUGAACCAGGAAGGUGGAGCAGACUAUCAGCCUGCACCCUGGCCUCAAAGGUUGCUCCACUCAUUUGUUCGUGAAAACCACGCUAGUUAAGUCUGCUGGGAACGGAAUAAAGGAUAAAGGAUAUUCAUUUUGGCCUGAGUGCAGAGAUGUCGAAGGCUCCGGAUUCGCAUGCUCAGUCCCGCUCCCGAUCAAGAUCCAGGUCCAGAUCCAGAUCCUACUCUAGAUCUCACUCUAGAAGUCGCUCCCGCUCAAGAUCCAGAAAACGUCGCUACAGCUCUAGGUCUCGUUCCCGCUCUCGAUCCCACUCUCCCUCCUACAGAAACCAUCCUCGGGACUAUCAGAACAACAGAGGCGGGUUUAGAGGCUACAACCGAGGCUACAGGAGGCCGUUCCACUACCGAGGCAGAAACCGUGGCUACUACCAACGUGGUCAUUACCAGAACAGAGGAGGAGGCGGCGGCUACAACAACUAUAAAUCCAACUGGCAGGGUGGUGGGGGUGGCGGCGGCGGUGGAGGUGGAGGAGGCUGGCACGAUCGCCACUAUGACCAGGAUCACCACUCACACAGUCCCAGGAGGGGGCGCUCCCGCUCCCGCACACCCAAGAAGCGCUCAGGCAGCCGGAGCCACUCUCGCUACUCCGAUCGCUCAUCGUCAGGCAGAUCUCGGCGCUCCAGACGCUCCAGCUACUCCUCUAGAUCCAGGUCCUCGUCCCCUCGCCAUCGCAGUAGCAAGAACAAACGCAGUACCAAGGACGUUAAAGAAAAGAUAACAGAGAGUCAAGUAGAGAAGGGAGCAGACGGCAGCGCCAUUGAGAAGGCAUCUGGGGGGAAAUGGAUCGACUUAGACGUCAGCCCCAAACAAACCAAUCCAAAAAAGAAAGAAGAUGGACCCGCUGGCUCUGAAUCCAAAGGCGCCGGUAGUGGUGGAUCCCUGUGGAAAACUAUCGGCAGCGUUACCCCUCCAGCUAAGAGUCCCACAGAGUCGGGACAAACCGCCUCCUUCGGCGGCUUUGGGUUCUUCUCAAAGGAAGAUGCCAAAGCAGAUAAGACUGUGAUCUCUGCUGCCUUCAAAAAAUUCUUGGCUGAGAAUAAAAACAAAAAGCAAGAGGAUGAAGACGAAAAGGAGCACAGCACUACAGACAGGGAACCAGAGAAAGGAAGCAAGUCUGAAAACCUUUUCAACAUCUCGUCCGCAUCUUUCGACUCCAAGGAAGACAAGACACAUCCCUUCUUCGAUGCUGGGGAAGAGGAGUUCCUGAAGUCCCACGGACUGAAAGACCAGGACAUUGAGGAGGACGGCGAGAUCAAGCCGACAUUGACAGCUCGAGACAUUUUCGGGAAAUGGGGCGAUGAGCCAAGUUGUUCAACGUCCUAUCCUUUGGCAAAGGAGAAAACCCGGAGAGACGAGGAAGAGAUCGAACCCAUGGAGGAAGAUUUGUACCAAAGCCGUAAGCACAGCUCAAAGAAAGAGGAGAGGGCCAAGAAGAAGGAGAAGAAAGAAAAGUCCAGGAGGAGUCCGUCUCCUCCCACAUCUUCAAGAGAGAAAGACCGUCCACUUUUUCCUGGAGCUUUUCCUCCUCACGAGGAUCCGCCUUUACGUCUGUCUGCUUCGAGGAAGGACUUUGAGCUCAAAGUUGCUUCUUUAGAUGAGAUGCCCAGCUCAUCCCUGUUUAAAGAUCACUUCACGCCCCGGGAUCUCCUGAAUACCUCCAAGAAAGAUCCAGAGUUUCACUCAGUUUUCCAGCACAUUCAGGCAGCACAACUGCGUCGCAGCCCCUCUGAGCUGUUUGCUCAGCACUUAGUCUCAAUUGUGCAUUAUAUCAAAGCUCAACACUUCAAAUCCUCAGACAUGACUUUAAGUGAGCGGUUUGCCAUGUACCAAAGAAAAGCUAUGGAGGUAGAAAUGAUGAAGCCAAGGAAGAGCCCAGAAAUCCACAGGAGAAUUGAUGUUUCCCCCAGUGCCUUUAAGAGGCACUCUCACCUGUUUGAGGAUAUGGAGGAGACGAUCUACAAGGACCCAAGUAAAAAGUUCAAAGGCGACGUCAUGGACCUUCGGCUGGAUAUUGAAAGACGCAAGCGGUUUGCAGGGAAAGAGCGUGACUGCAAGCAAGAAGGUGCCAGGAGCCCGGGAGGCUCCCGGGGGCCCAGCAGAGAGAGGUCCUCUGAUAAAACUGGGAAACACCACAAAAAGUCCAAGAAGGGUAAGAAGAAAAGGGACCGCUCCCCAUCCUCCUCCUCAUCUUCAUCCUCUCCGUCCCCUUACCCUCCACCUUUCCGAGGUAAAGAGUACAUGGGGGAGGGGAUGGAGCACUCGGAGGAGGGCUAUGUUCACUCGCGUUAUCCUCCACGAGACAGCGGUGGACCUGGAGACAGAGGCCCUCGAGAUUUUGAGGGCCACAUCCCGGAGAGAGGCCGAGGCCGUGGAUUCUUCCCAAGAGUCAGAGGAAGAGGCUGGAAUAGGGGAAAUUAUCCAGGCAACAACAGCAACGGAAACCCGGCAAAUGUAAAUCCUCAGCAGCGCCCCCCAGAGGAGGAGUGGGACCCUGAGUACACUCCCAAGAGCAGGAAAUAUUACCUGCAUGACGACCGCGACGGAGAGAAAACCUGGGUUGACAACCGCGGACGAGGCCGAGGUGCGUUCCCCGCUCGCCGCGGGCGCUUUCUUUACAGGAAGGGAGGCAGCAGCCCGAAGUGGACCCACGACAUGUUCCAGGGAGGAGAGGAGCGGGAGCUGGGAGACGACGGCAUAGACGUCGACCAUAAAGACGUGAAGGGCGCUGGAGACGCCGUCGGCCUGAAGCAGUAAACCCGCUCCACACGCUGACUGUGAUGAUUAAAAGGUUAUUUUUCCUUUUCAAACUAUUUCCCUCCUCUUGAAUCCAUCUCAUCGUUUAACAGUUUAAGACAUGUUUAGUUGAGGACAGAACUGUAACUGACUUGAAUGAAGAGCGGCACUCUUGUUACCUGUGUAUGUGAGAUGAGCUGAUAUUCGACAUUGUUGUUGUUAUUUUUUUAUGUGAUGGUUUUGUUUUGCAGCUGGAGGACUUAAAUAUGAGAGAGAUAACUGAGGCAACAGAGACAGAUAUUCUCUGCAAACAUAUUAAAAUAAGAAAGAAGUGUUUGUGCCUUAGAAAAUAAACGAUUACUAAUAAUAUAUGAUUGUGUUAUCUGUGUGAAGGUUCAGCGACAGUGCAGCAGGUGCUGCUCCACUUCUGAUCCAGUGUAGGAUAACGUUAUAUAUUUGCUAGUUUUGUCUUUUCUUUUUUUGAGGCUGUGAUAAAUUGUUGACGUGAUUGCAUGAAAUGUUUGAUUCAUACCUCGCUCCAUGGGACCAAUCUGUCAUGAGCGAUUGACUUGUUAUUUGUCAGUGGUGCCUUCUUAUGGGAUUCAUGAAGAUGAGUGUGCGAGCUUUUGAACACGACAUGUUUGACAUUCAAAUGGAAGUUAAAUUCCAUUGGUAUGGUUGCGAGGAAAUGGCAAUGAUGUUAUCUUAAUGUCAUGUUUGGGAAAUUGAGAAAAGAUCUGAAUCUAAUCAUUUCUUCCUUGAACCAUUACCUUCAUCCCCAGAAAAGAAAUGGCAGAUUUAAAACACAGAGCAAAACUGGAGCUUGAAAAUCUGAAAUCUUCCACUCGUAAUGUCAUAAUUUAAAUGGACUAAAUGUGGUAAAACACAAUCUCAUUUGAAGGCACCAGGUGUUACCAUCUUUUAAACCAGUUAACUGUUGAUGUUUGUCACUCAUUAUCUGAGCUUGUACACCUCACCUGUAUUUGUCAUUAGGAAAGGGGCAAAAUAUUUCUGUGUGAAGCUUUAUUCUCAUUGAUUGUGGCUGAUAUUAUUAUUUCCUUUUUUUUAAAAAAAGAAGCAUUUAUUAGAAUUGGCAUCAGAUUCGUUUGACACAUUUGGUUUUCUGUCAUAUAAAUGACAUAGGUAAUAACUACUGUCCUUUAUGAAGACUUUACUAAAAAAACAUGUAUAGAUUAAAUAAACUAAAUUAUUAGUGGUUGAGAGAGAGGGGGGAAAUAAAAAGUGAAUAUCCUGGGUUUUAAACACACGUACUGCAGUGAUCCUCUUAUAAAUCUGCAGUUUUUUUCCCUGAUACUAUUGAAAUUUUCAUGUAGCAAAAUAUGAAAGUGCACAUCUUAAAGAAUAGUCGACACAAACUAGCAGAACUAGUUUGGUGAAUCUUACUGUGCUGCGUUGUCCCACGUUUGUCUGUACAUAGUGCAUGUUCUAAAAUAAACUGUAGAAGUGUAUUAUUAUUUUUCUUUAAUCAAAAGUUGAAAAGUUUUUUACUGUUCUCGAGAGCUUUGAAAUACUUGUCUUUUAAUUUUCAAUAAAUUCUUUUGUUUUGGGGCAA